AUGUUCGUCUAUGAAGGCAGACUCGAUUGGAAGCCUUACGGCGAUAACGAAACUUUUAUUAUCGUUCUACCCGACGGACCUGUUCGCGUCGGAGAUACUGUCUAUCUCUUCUACCAAUGGACCUUUAACGCGUCAAAUGUUAAGAAAGACAAUUCCUUCAACAAGAUUGCCAUUGACAAGGUCUCUAAGACUCCAGCCGGGGACGACACCUUCGUCGCCAAGUCCUCCUACUACAGUUGGGAGAUCACCUCUGGUAAUGUUUACCAGAAGCUCAAGGUCGUCAUGCGCAAUCCCAGCGGCUAUGAGAGCCCUAUGGAGUUCAAGCGUAUCUGGCAGUCUGAGGGUGACGUUACUGCCGCAUCGACCAGGAUCUGGACCGGCAAAAUCACCUGGGACCAGUACGCGAGCAACGAGAUGGCCAUUUUCAUCGCGCCUGAGGGAUUGGGCCAAGAUAAACCCAUUCUUUCCAUGUGGCAGUGGACUCGCGAUGGAAAUGGUGUCGCGAAAGCCCCAUCUUUCCGCGCUGAGCCCCAGAAGGUGAUUUCUGACGAUGACAGUGGUGUCAAGUUCAAUUACAAAUCUUACUACGAUAUCGAUUGCUCCUGGAACAGGAAGACGGAGAAGCUCUCGGUGAAAGUAAAGAGCCCAGGAUCUCCUCAUGAUCUGGGUGAUUUUGCUCUGUCGGCACUCAUUGAUCAUCGUUCUCAUGAUUGGGACCCCCCGCAAACCCCCGGCAAGAAGGCUGAGCUUGAACUCCACUCACCUCAGCCCCAACCUGCGCUGGCUCGAGUUGCCGACCCCCUGCCUUUCCCCAAAACACUUAUUGAGACCCUCAGACACACCAUUGCAUACGCUGAUCAGGCCGGAUACCUUGCCCAGUAUGCUCACGAUCGAUUCACUGCACUGGACGCCGACUUCCACGCUCGAGGGCACCAACUUGACACUGUCAAGGCUCAGGGCAACGAGCUGACUAAGGAAGUCAAGAAGCUUACAGGCGACCUGACCGUCGAGAAGGCCAAGGCCGAUGAUCUGACCAAAAGACUUGAAGAGGCUCGCCAAGCAAACGAACUUGAAGCCAAACGACUGCAAGACGAGAUUGCGAAGAGUAAGAAACAUGACUCUGACGACCACAAGGCUAUUGAACUUCUCGAAUCUCAACUUCAGUAUGAGCGGGCCUCAAAGGCGGAAGCCCAGAAGAAGCUUGAUGAGGCGUCCACUACCCUUGCUGCCGCUGAGGCCCGUAACAAGGCUGAUAGUGAGAGAAUCGCUGGUCUUGUCACUCGCAUUGCUAUCGUCGAAGCUCAGCUCGAGGUCGAAACCAAGGAUAACAAGCGACUACAGGAUGAGAAGAAGCAGCAGGCCGACAAGAUCGCCGAUCUUGAGAAGCAGCUGAAGGACCUCAGGGCUCAGCUCGAGCAAGCUCUGAAGGAACUCAAGGAGCAAAAGGAGCUCGUCAGCCAGAAGACUGCCACUAUCACUCAGCGUGACCAAGAAAUCACCGAGCUUAAGAAGGCUGUUGAGACAGGCAAAAUUGCUCUGGCCGCAUUACAAAAGCAGCUGGACUCCCACAACAAUGAGAUCAGGAAGCGCCUCAGGUGCCACCUGCGAAGUGAAAUCACGGAUGACAACGAUGUCAUGUUUGAUCUGAACGGCGGCGGCGGCAAGAACCCUGCUGUCCAUGCAUGGUCGGAUGGAGACUAUUACACGAUGAACUCCAACGCCAUGUGGGACUUCUACUCCGUUGGAGACUCUAACAACAUUGUGGUCAUCAAGAGCCCAAGCAAGGGUUAUGUCCUGUACUCAAAGGGCCACGGGAAGAACGUUUGCUGCGAGGUAGGCAAAAACGUCGCGGAGACAGAUGCCCAUUGGGAGAUCCAAGGUGCUACUGUCGAUAACUUGGAUCAUAAGGUCAUCCAAUUCCGCAAUGUUAAGGAUAAGACGUCUCUUGAUCUUUGUGGAGGCGAUACCAAAAACGGCACGGCUUUCUUGACGUACAACUCACACGGUGGAAAGAACCAGAAGUUCAGAGUCUAUAAGAUGUAA